UCCAAAGGUAGCAUUGAAAAUAACAAUCUUCAUCAUGAGAGUGAACUUCAACAGAUGGUCAAUGCUAUACAAAUAUUGACUGUUAGUUGUCCGUACAGUUUUGGAGGUUGGAACAACCAAUCCUUAAUAUUCACAAAUCCCAAUAACAAACAACUCUUCAUCCAUUUUUUCACUUUCUCUCUAACCACCACCAUGUGUUCCAACUUGUUUACUCACUUUUAGAAUCAAUCAAACCACUUCCACUCUCACUCUCCUUUGUACAUAGUACUAGUAGUACUUAUUUAUUAAAGUAUUCAUGAACCUUAUGACAAGUCACAUAAGCCAAGGUUACAUCUUCUUCUUGGUUUUCUGCAGUUGAAGGUGAAAAUCUUGCAAGAGAUAGAUAGCAUUUGAUGAUGGAUAUUGAAGAAGUAGAAAGAGUAGUUGUUGCCAAACCAGUUGCUUCAAGGCCAAAUUGUUCUACUUUCAAAUCUUUCUCGGAGCUUCUAGCAGGUGCUAUCAAUGCCAAUCCUCCAAUUGCAUCUUCUUCUCAAACUACAACUUCUGCAAUUAGACCAAAGACAGUCAGGUUCAAGCCACCAUUGUAUCUCCCCCCUUCUCAGGCUGACAUUUUUAGAGGUGAACUUAGCAAUUCUUCUGACAUGGAUCCUAAACCUGAUACCAAUCAGUCUCUCAUAUACAAGCCAAUGGCAAAAUUCGUGUCACAGACAACUGUCUCUCUUUUGGCAAACAUGGGAAUUUGUAGUACUAGUCAGCCACAACCACAGCAAUCAAUGGAGGCCAAUCUUCAGAGUCUAAACCAUGACAAAUUUAGAUCUAACAAAACCUCAAAUUUUCAUCAGAACAUUACUACUACCCUACCUACAGAAACAUACCAGGCCACUGAACCUUGUAAGACAGCGGCACAACAGAACUUGGAGGAAGACCAAAAAGCUUUAACGUCAUCAUCCACAGUGAAUGCGGAUAGACCUUCAUAUGAUGGAUAUAACUGGAGAAAAUACGGACAGAAGCAAGUAAAAGGAAGCGAGUAUCCUCGAAGUUAUUACAAAUGCACACAUCCUAAUUGUCCAGUUAAGAAGAAAGUUGAAAGAUCAUUUGAUGGCGAGAUUGCUGAAAUUGUUUACAAAGGCGAACACAAUCAUGGAAAACCGCAACUUCUAAAGCGCAACGCGGGAGCGACACAAGGAUCAGGAAUGGUUUCUGACGGAAUGGUUCAAGAUACAUUAUGGAGUAAUAAUAGUAAUCAGAAUGAAGGAAGAAUAGAGAAUCAUGUCAAAUCUUCACAGGCUAAUGAUUCUACUCUUGAAAAUUCUUGUGGUUUAAGCGGGGAUUGUGAGGAAGGAAGCAAAGGAUUCGAGGCAGACGAAGAUGAUCCUAGAAGUAAAAGAAGGAAAAACGAGAACCAAUCAAACGAAGCGGCAGCAUCAGAAGAAGGUAUAGUAGAGCCACGGACCGUGAUGCAAAACUCAGUGGAUUCUGAUAUCCUUGGAGACGGCUUUCGCUGGAGAAAAUAUGGACAGAAGGUGGUGAAGGGAAAUCCAUAUCCCAGAAGUUACUAUAGAUGUACUCAUAUAAAGUGCAACGUUCGCAAGCACGUGGAGAGAGCAAUAGAUGAUCCAAAAUCAUUUGUGACUACGUAUGAAGGAAAGCACAACCAUGACAUACCACUCAAGAACACAUCAACUGUAGCAUCAUCUGAAAAGGAUUCUCUUAGUAAAGAUAAACCAUAUUGACACUAAUAUAUUAUUAGUUAACAAUAACAUUAUAGUUAUUAUGACUAAAUGGUUUGAAUCCUCAUCUGAUAUAUUUUCACACAUUUUGGUUGGCUAAACCCAACUCAUUUGAAGUGAUUUAUUCUAGUUAUCCUAAAGUAUGCUCAGAAUAAUUGAAGUUCAUCAGAAGAUAGUGACAAUUUGAAAUGCAACUACUGAGACUAGGUUAUUUACUUUAUGUUUUAACUUUUGAUGAGAACAAUAUAUGUAUUUGGAGCAUAAUUCAUAUGGUAAUCAAGAUCUUUAUUCUUGUGGAUGCAUC